AUGGAAAGCGGAAGAACCGCAAAAGGAAGAACAAGGGCUGUGAAGGGAACGCUGUCGCGGGACUCCCCUGGUUCAGCCAAAGGCGAUGCUUCAAUCAGCGAGCCUACUAAGGACCUCCUCCGCCAUCUCUCCUUAGUCGAGCGCAUCUCCCCAUCCCACCGCAACCCGAGCUCGGCCUAUCAAUGCCAGGGAGAGACCUCCUCGACACCCUGUACGAGAUGCUUGUGGAAUGUGCAAACCGUACUGAGCUCCGGGCCCUUCACACUGCCGAGCCUCAAACCCCCCACUCCGAGUUCUGAUAGUGAGACUAUCGUGGGAGAAACAACACUACAGGAUCCCAAGAAUGAUCACCAUGGUGAAGAUACGGGAAAGCGUCCCUGGGAAAUCCAGAGCCAGCCGAGGAUAGAGAACAAACUUUCUGUCACAAUUUCCUCACAUUAA